GCAGACAGGCUUGCCCACAGAACCAAGGAGCCUUCUCGGUGACUGGUUCUUUUGCUCCUUUCUGCUCUGGCAGCAAGGGCUUCCUACCCACAUUCUAUAGCGGCGGGCACUUGCCUUCGCUAUGGGUGUGAUCCAUUCAUGGCUAAUAAAAUCAAUUGAGUGGGUUCACGUCUAACAUUUACAAAAUGAAAGCCAAAAGUAGAAAGAAGAUGUGAGUCUGCAUCAAAUGAAGCAAGGUGUUCUGGCUUAUACUCCCAUCACCAGUCUAUGAGAGCGACUGUCAUCUGUCUUCUGCACUAGUAUUAAGUGUACAAGUCUUUAUUCCAUUAAACCCUAAAAUGACUACGGAGAUGACUGAAUUGUCCCAGGAUCCACAGAUAAGUCCCAAGUCUCUUAGUGAUGAAUCGAAGAUGGAACAGGAAACUCAGGUGCCUGAUCAGCAGGAUCCUCCCAGUGUCCCAGGGCGGAAAGUCUUACUUAGCGUAUCCAAAGCCCAUCUGUUCUCCUCCAAUGAGACUCCUUUCCAGGGCCACAAGGAGAAGGAAAUACAGACACCUAGCAGUCCAAAGGCUGAGCUGAAGCCUGUGAAGAAGUGUGAGGACAAUCCAAGGCAUCGAGGGAAUGACGGGCCACAGAAAGAAUUGGUGAUCCCAGGGAUCAUGAAGUUUGAGCUGACCCAAGAGGCACCAAAGACCCCUAAGACCAAAACCCCAGGCGCCUAUCGCUUUGGCCGUCUCAGUCACCACUCCUUCUUCUCCCGACACCACCCCCACCCCCAACGUGUGAUCCACAUCAAAGAUCUCACCGGGAAGCCCGUCUGUGUCGUCAGGGACGAGUUCUCUUUGGCAACCUUACCCCGCUAUCUGAUGGGGAUGCCCACCAUCUAUGGCCCCAUUGGUGACCCACAGUCCAAUAAGGAACCCCAGCUUUCUUCUGGAGAGGCAUGGAAGAAGGAGUUGAAGGACCUGGCCUCCCGGGUGGCCAUCUUCACCAAGGAGAAUGAGCUGAAGGACAAGGAGAGUGUCAGGACACUUACGUCCCAGCAGAAGGAAGAGCCCCAGCGGAAACAGGGGGCAAAGUACUCAGCUGAGACAGGGAGGCUCAUCCCCACUUCCACCAGAGCCAUAGGCCGCCACGCCUCCCGCCAGGGUCGAAGGAACUAUGCUUCAGGCAAGGACAGAGGAGUCCAGACCAUCCUGCAGGAUCAGGAGCUGUUGGUCUUGGAGCUCCUGUGUCAGAUCUUACAGACAGACUCCUUGAGUUCUAUCCAGUUCUGGCUACUCUACGCUCCACCAAAGGAGAAAGACCUAGCACUGGGGCUCCUGCAGACAGCGGUGGCUCAGCUCCUACCCGAGCCAUUACUUUCCAUACCAGCAGAAAAACUGCUCGACCAACUCCAAGAAGUACAAGAAUUACAAGAGAAACAACUACCACCACCCUCCAGUCAAUCCCUGAAGAAGAUGAAGUCACCACCGGUACCAAAAAGCGAGAAACCAGAAUAUAUUGGGAAAGCGCAAGUUCUCCAGGUGCAUUCAAGCGAGAACACAGAGGAGAAAGUGUUGAUGCCCAAAGCAGAGGGCUGAAGACUUUUAAGCAAGUGGAGCACUUUGCUACAACGAUGAAUUGGGCUUCGGGGUUAUCCCGAUCUCGACGAAAAUACCGCAUUGUCUAUCACAUAGAGCCGAUUAAAAUACAGUCUCCUCUUUGAGAGGCCAGUUCCACUUUCCUA